CGCUAGCCUCGCAGGAUCGACUCAAGCGCCGCAGUCAUUGCACACAUGCGUUGUCGCAUCGCAGACCGCGUUUUGGAGUCAUGAUUUGAUCCAUGCGUGGGCUCCUGGCCUUCUUCUUGCAGCUGUGCACCGCCUUGCGCACUCCGCACCCUUGCCUCAGCAAUGGCAUCGGUCGCCGCGCCGCCUUAACGCUGCCUCUCGCGCCAACCGCCGCCGUGGCCGCGACGGACGCGACGACCGUGAGCUACGGCCCGCGAGAGGCGGACCUCUACUUGCAACCCGGACGACGGCCCGUCGUGGCGUUGCUGCACGACAGCCUGACCGCGUCGCGAGGCUCGCUCGACGCGGUCGCGCGGGACGUCAUUGCACGCACGGCGUACCACUGCGUCAACUUCGACUACCGAGGCUCGGGCGACGUUGAAACAGCCAUGGAAUGGCUUGCCAGCCCCGAGGCCGCCGCGCUGGGUCUCACAAACGACGUCGUGCUGAUCGGACACGGCGUCGGUGGUCAACUGGCUUUCCGACACGCGCUCCGAGGGUCUCCAAAGCUCCGAGGGACGUCCACGACCUCCGCGCGCCUCCGCGGCGUCGUCGCAUGUGGGGCACCGCUGGACCUGCGCGAGGCGCGCGCGCUCGGGAUUGAUGUGAGCGGCGACUCGCCGAUCGCGCUCCUGCCGCCGGCGAUGACGUCGUCGCUGCGCACCGCGGCCUGGACGGCCUGGGAGGAAUUACUGGUUGUGGAGACGUCGUUCUCGCUGGUCCACGGCCUCGACGACGCGGUGGUCCCGCCGGCGCUGUCGACGCGCUUCGUCGUCGCCGCGGCGACGGGCGGCAUUCCUACCGAGUACCACGAGAUAAAGGGCGAGGGCCACAGCUCAAUGCUCGACCCGGCGUCGUACUCCUGGCGGGUGGCGCGCGCCGCGGCCGUCGCAGCCAUGAAAACGCAGCCUCGGCCCCCGGAGACGCUGCGCAUGGCGCCGACGCGCCGCGCCGAUACGGACCGGGAGAUUUUGAUCCGCACGUUAAGAAUGUAG